UUACACCUGUCAUUAUAUUUCCUAAAAUACAUCUUACCUUCAAAUGAUCUUGUCACUGUGCUGACAAUUUGCUCUGCAGAUAUACCACGUUCAUUCCCAUUAUUGACCCUAGAUACGAUCAUCAAGGAUUAUAGAGAAUAUAGGGAAACUUCAAAUUCAAAUGUUGAAUUCAAAAUAAAAUUUAAUCAGAUUAUCAAAUUUCAAGAGAAUCAGUUUCAAAGAAAUUUGAUCGAAAUAACUAAGAAUGAUUUAAAUCAGGUGAAAUAUAUCUUGAAUGAUAAUAUUGAACAAGUUUUGGAAAGAAAUGAAAGAAUAAAUUUAUUAGUUAAUAAAACUGAUAGAAUAAAUACAUUAUCUAGUAAUUUUAGAUCAAAUACAACCAGAGUGAAAAGAAAAAUGUGGUGGCAGAAUGUCAAGUUUUGGGUUCUAGUGGUGAUAUUUGUUGUCAUUCUUUUAUUG